GCGGUCAUUUGUGAUAAAAUGAGUCAGUACCUAGGUAUUUGUAAAACAUUGUUGAAGAAGUAAAGAAUACUUCCACAUGAAUCUGUAUACCUUCCAGGAGGUGUCUAGAUAUUACUAACAAGUUUGGGAAGCCCUGCUUUCCAAAAGCGCAGUCAAUGUAUAAAAACGCAAGCAAUGAAAAGCGUAAACAGUUAACAGCCUGUUGAGAACAUUCUCAUAACAUUACUAGUGCCUUUACGCUAAACUUUCAGUAAAAUAACAUUUAUGAAGUUUCGUUCUCAUUUCAUCAAAAUACAUAUACAUACAUACGUUAUGAAAUUAGCUACAUUACAAUAAGUAAAUGAAUCAUUUAACAGUAAAUUACAAUUUGUCACAGAUUGGAAGAGUCAGCCAUGUUCGAUAAUUCGGAUUUACUUCACUUACUUGAAAACCGAGCGUUGAAAGAAUUCGAAGAAGCAUUGCGAAAUGGCAUCCAGUCUGGACAAGUGGAUAUCAAUGUUUGCUACUACAAAAGCCCUGACCAUGUCACUCUACUGCAUAUUGCUUGUAAAUCAAAGGGUUGUCACGAAUUCGUUCCAGUCCUACUGCAGAAUGGCGCAGAUAUCAACAAACCAAGCAAGGAUAAAUUUUGCAGAUCAGCGAUUCAUUUUGCUGUGGAAAACAGUAAUUUGGAAACGUUGAAAAUUUUAUUAAACAAUGCCAAUUGCAAUGUAAACACUUUAUCAAUGCAAGGAUACUCGGCUUUGCAUUAUGCAGUCAUGAACGACGACGCCGAUUCCAUAAAGCUUCUUCUGCACCAUCCAGGCAUAGAUGUGAAUGUAUGUAGUCGCACAGAUCAAACACCUUUGCAUUUGGCAUUGAAUAGUUAUCGAAGGAAUGCCAUUCACGAGUUAUUAAAUCAUCCACAAGUUGACUUGGAUGCGCGCAGAGACUUCAGUGGUCAAACGUGUCGUGAGCUGAUUGAAGCUAAAUAUUCGAAGUUUGCUUUCAAAAUAUCCAGAAUUAGUUUUUCAGCAAAUGAAAGUGAUAAUACUUUAUUUUCAUUGCUAUAUAAAGGUGACAUACAAAAAUUCUGCGAACAAGUCUUGAUAACCAAACCCAAUUCGACAGAUCAUGAUGGUAGAAACACAUAUUUGCAGUAUGCUUGUCAUAAUGGUUUAGUACAAGCCGUAGAGAUUCUAUUGAGAGCCGGAGUUGAUCCUAAUCAGUGUUGUCCAAAUAAUCAAAUUAAACCAAUAAUGAUAGCAGCUAAACGAGGCCACCAUACCAUCUUGAACAUUCUAUUGCAAAACUCCAGAGUAUCAUUAGAACCAGAUGCCAUGAAUACGGUAAUAAAUAUGCUAUUAAUUGAGAUAUUAAUAGCCAAGGAAAAUGAACCAUUGAGAAGGAAUUAUCUUAAAUGUGUAAAAAGUUUUUUGACCAGUAGAUUUUUCUGGGAAUUUGGUAUCAACCACCCAAUUAAGGAAGGAAACUCUCUACUACAUUAUGCUAUCAAACUGAACGAUGAAAACAUCGUAGAAGAUCUUUUACAAGAUGGGAUGAACCUUAAAUUGGAUAUCAAUCAACAAAACAAUGAAGGUGACACUCCGCUUCAUUGCGCUGUAAAAGCAAACAAUGAAAAGAUUCUAAAAGCCCUUUUAGUCUUUGGAGCCGAAUUCGAAUCGAAUGAAGCAAACUUCAAAUUAGAUAUCAAUCUGAGGAACACUGUAGGAAACACUCCGCUACAUUGUGCUAUCAUACUGAAUGAUGAAAAAAUGGUAAAAGAUCUUUUACAAGUUGGGUUGAACUUUAAAUUGGAUAUCAAUCAACAAAACAAUGAAGGUGACACUCCACUUCAUUAUGCUGUAAAAGUGAGCAAUGAAAAAAUUCUGAAAGCCCUUUUAGGCUUUGGAGCCAAAUUCAAAUGGAAUGGAGCAAACUUCAGAUUUGAUAUCAAUCAGAGGAACAAAGAAGGAAACACUCCACUCCAUUGUGCUGUGGAACUGAACAUUGAUAAAAUUGUAAAAGAUUUUUUACACAGUGGGAUCAACUGCAAAGUAGGUGUAAGUAGCCCAAUUCAGGAAGAUCAGGAAGAAAGCACUAGAAUUCAACCAGUUCUGAAAGCUGCAGAUGAAGAAAUCAUAAAAGACCUUUUAUGCGCUGGGGCUUACGUUGGUCGAAAGAAUUAUUUGCAGAAAGUGCCUUUGAACUCCAUACCAGCUUCUGUACUCGAGGAAUACUUGGAUAGCUGUAUUUCCACUAAUGGAAAGCAUACCAGAGACAAAAACUUCGAGAUAGUACUUGACUACAGCAUGAUGAUUGGGUCCAAUCCUAAACUAGAGGAAUCUGCAGAAGACGAAGUUGAUGAUGAUUUGACCGAAAUGGAAAUUUUGCUAACCAUGGUCAAUACUACAGAGCUGAGGAAACUCAUUAAGCAUCCGGUGUUGAUGAGUUUCUUGAAUUUGAAAUGGUACUCUAUUUCUAAAUAUUUUUAUAUUAAUUUAAUUUUUCACGUUAUUUUCUGCUUAUUACAUACUGCCUAUAUUUUCCACAUUAAUGGGUGUUGGAGAGACCGCAAUGAUACUCAAAUGCUUAAUACUUCGGUUAAUUUUUCUCAAGGUCAGGAUAGCUCUCAACAGUUGCUUGAAGAUAUGAAUAUCCAUCACGUUUCAAUAAUUGUUAUUUGUUUGCGGUAUAUGUUGAUUGUCUCAUGUGUUAUGCUAUUUCUCUGGGAACUAUAUCAAUGCUACAAACAUCCUUGGAGAUAUGUUACUUCACUGGAGAACUGGCUGGAGUUGAGUUUGAUCUGCAUACUACUCGCUUUGCUAAUACUCAACAUGGACUUUGAACAAAGACGCCAGCUCUCUUCUGCAGCAAUUAUGCUCUCCUGGAUAAAUCUAAUGUUUAUAAUUGGCCGGCAUCCAUUAUCAUCCACCAAUGUUGAAAUGUUCAAAACUGUCAGCAUCAGCUUUCUUAAAUUUCUAGCUUGGUAUUCAGUUUUAAUUUUAGCUUUCACUUUGAGCUUCUACAUCUUAUUCAAAGAUGAUCUCCAAGACAACAGUAAAUUCUUCAAACAUCCUGCUCUGGCCAUUAUAAAAUCCAUCAUAAUGUUGACUGGGGAAUUUGAAGCCGGUUCCUUUCCAUUAUUUCCAUUUGAUCUGAAAUAUGGCGCUAACUAUGUCUUAUUCAUUCUGUUUGUCUUCUUCAUAGCCAUAGUACUGUUCAACUUGCUGAAUGGGUUAGCCAUCAGUGAUACUCAGGCUAUCAGAUCUGAUGCCGAAUUGUUGGGAAUAGUUUCCUUAGUGAAAAUGAUUUUGUAUGCCGAAGACAUUGCCACGUCGGACUUUUUCAAACCUCUCAGUUUUCUGCACAGGAGUCAAUCUCCAAAUCCAGAUUCGGAUAAUAAAAUCUUGUACGUUCUACCCAACAUAAAUAACUUCGCGUUUAUGAAAAAAGAACGCGUUUCAACGUUUUAUGAGAGACUCCGACUCGAUCCACGCAUAGUGGAAAAACCUCUUUCAAUGUAUCAUAAUAAACUACAAAUUGAUCCACACAUAGUGAAAGAUGCUGUGAAAAUACUAGAAAAAAGGAACCAACAAAACAUGGGAGUCGAAGAGCGCAUUUCUGAAAAAAUUUCCAAGUGUUUCUCAAGGAUGGAAAAUGUCGAGAAAUUGAUUAAUAUCAAGUUGGAAACUGUUGAUGAAUCAUUGAAAAAGGUGAUGGAAAUUUUGGAAUCGAAAUAGGCUCGAGGAUGACUUGAUAGGUGAAUAUCAUAUUUUGCUCAAAUAGUUAGUGAAAAAAUAGAACUAUUAACAUGCAUACCUAAGUCAUCCAGAAAUUGUUUAUUUGUAAAUUUAACGUAUUUAUAUUAUUUAUUUCCCUACUCCUCUAAACCUAUUUUUUUUCACUUUCACCGUCAUAUGUAUGACUUUUUUAAGAAAUUUAAUAUUUUUAUGUGUUUAAUUAAUCGUUAUUUAUACAUGUACAAGUUACUUUAUACCUACGUGAAUAAAAUGUUGAUGCUUACGUGCCUUUGCUUAUUAUUUUUAAUAAAUUGAUCAAUUCAACCAACUAGCUUACUAGAUACUAAGACUUACCUACCUAUAUCCAAUUAAUAAAAAAUCAUUGCUUCUUAAAAUAUUACCUACUUCCGCAAAAUUCAUUAGUUCUGAAACUUUUGACAUAAACGCAAAGCAGCCAAAUUUUAUUAAUUAUUCCAACUUGGUAUCUUAAAAAAAAUUUUCAAUUG